CAAUAUUUAGCAGCGACAAAAUCACCCAUUUGUGACUAAUAAGAGUAUAAUUCAUAUAAAUUCCUAACGACUGUUUAGAUAAAGUAUGGACGACGAGGAGGAAACAUACAGAUUGUGGAAGAUUCGCAAGACCAUCAUGCAGCUAUGCCACGACAGAGGCUACCUCGUGACCCAGGACGAGCUGGAUCAAACUCUGGACGACUUCAAGAGUCAGUUUGGCGACAAACCCAGCGAGAGUCGACCCAGACGGACUGACCUCACCGUGCUGGUGGCGCACAAUGAUGACCCCACAGACCAGAUGUUUGUUUUCUUCCCUGAGGAGACCAAGGUGGGCAUUAAGACUAUCAAGAUGUACUGUCAGAGGAUGCAGGAGGAGAACAUUACGCGGGCCAUCAUUGUAGUCCAGAUGGGCAUGACGCCCUCUGCAAAACAGUCUUUAGUGGACAUGGCACCCAAGUAUAUCCUGGAGCAGUUUCUGCAGCAGGAGCUACUCAUCAACAUCACAGAACAUGAGCUUGUGCCAGAACACAUCGUCAUGACAAAAGAGGAAGUGACGGAGCUCCUGGCAAGAUAGUAUCUGAAGGAGAGUCAGCUCCCCAGGAUCCAAGCCGGAGACCCCGUGGCUCGCUACUUCGGCUUAAAGAGGGGGCAGGUGGUGAAAAUCAUCAGGCCGAGUGAGACAGCUGGACGGUACAUCACCUACAGGCUGGUGCAGUGACAGAUGUCAACUGGGGAAGCAUUCGAAGACGUUCCAGCCACACUCAUCAUCCUUGGAUCCCUGUUUUGUGUUACAUUUCAUUUGUGUUUCUAUUCCAAAAAUGACAUUUGUAAAAUAAAAAUGAUCUAUUGAAAAUAAA